AUGUUGCAGCUAUUAUAUGCUGUUAUAUUUGCAGAAAUGUUAAUGAUUACGAGCUUUCUGUUCAAGACACCGCUAAGGAAGCUCGUGAUCAUGGCUUUGAACACGGCCAAGCGAGGCCGUGGACCAGUUGUUGUUAAAACCAUCACCGUCAUGUUGGCGGUGAUGCUUGCUUCUGCACUCUACAGUAUUUAUAAGAUUCGUUGUCGUUAUAUGGGAAGUGUUACUAUUAUUGAUCCCACUGAUCAAGUACUCUUGUCCAACCACCUAUUACAAGCUUCUCUUUUGGGGUUUGUUUUGUUCCUCUCUUUGGUUAUAGAUAGAUUGCAUCGUUAUAUUAGAGAGCUUCGGGUUCUUAGGAAAACUAUGGAAAGUAUUAAGAAUCAAAAUCGAAGUUUAGAGAGCAGUAAAAGCGUCAGUGCAUUGGAGAACAAGACCUUGAAGGAAGAAAUUGGUGCAUUGAGGUUCAAAAUUGAGAACCUAGAAUCUGAAUGUCAAGUAAAAAGAAAGCAGGGCUAA